CCUCUCAAACGCCGUCCCCUCUCUCUCUCUCUCUCUCCUGAAGUCCGUUCUGUUCCUCUGACCGGUCUGACUCCCACCCUUCACAGACCCUGCAACCUCUCUUUUCCCUUUUUCGUCGCUAUUUUUUCAUAAUUCAUCACAGUAAACAAUGCCACCACAUAAUUUCUUCUCAAAUUAAUCGAAACAAUUGCUGCCUUACAAACUCCAAUCACCGGGACAUAGCUUUUUCUUCCUUCGAUGAUCUUCUUCUACCUUCAGCUCACACCAAGCUUCUCCACUUCCUGGUUUGGUUUGUUCAUGCGGGUGCUUUAUCCAGAUGGAACAUAUUUUGUUUCCAGGACAUGGUUGCAACAAUGGGCUAAAAGGAAAAUUCUUGAUGCUCCUUCCAAAGCUGAUUCCGAACCAACAGCUUCGAUAAGGUGUCCUCAUGGACAACUUUUGCCCGAGCAAGCUGCCAGAGCUAAACGAUUGCUCGUUCCAGAUGAACUCUGGUUUUUCAUACAUGAAGAUGCUAUUACUGUAAAACCUGAUGAUCCUACAGGGGUUCCAACUUUUCCCUCAGUGCAAGACAAUGUUCUCUGUGCAGUGAGGAAUUAUCUGAAGUGGCAGUCAUGGAAGAUUCUAUAAGAGGAGUGAAGCUUGAACUUUGAGACCCAUUUGAUUUAGAGAUCGAACUUUGAACUUUGAAGCUGCCCUAUGCAAGGUGGGAGUUAGUCUCUAAAUGAGCGGUCUAAAU